CUUUUAUUGCUCUAACGUAGGACUAGAGGACCUCCUUGUAAGAAUGGGCUCCGGACUUUCUCGCGUGGAAGAAGUGCCUGAUUAUGCGAUGGAGAUUCAGUUGAAGGUUGAGGUCCCUGUCGAGGAUGUGAUCGCCACGGCGCAAGCAGCCGGCCGGGCCAUCUUGCAAAUAUAUAACAGCGAGGCGUCGACGUGGGAGGUCCAAAUGAAAAGUGAUGCAUCGCCUUUGACACGGGCCGAUCGGGAGGCUAACGCGGUGAUCUGCCAAGCGCUACAAAACAUUAGUCCGCACAUCCCGAUCAUUUCCGAAGAGAACAAAAUGACACCCCACUCUGUGCGGCAGAAGUUUCAGUACUACUGGCUUGUCGACCCGCUGGAUGGAACCAAGGAGUUUCUCAAGCGCAAUGGCCAGUUUACCGUCAACAUUGCGCUCAUGAGUAACAACACGCCAGUUAUGGGCGUCGUGGACGUGCCGUGCCAGGGGAAGACGUACUGGGCGGUGAAGGGCAAGGGUGCUUGGCUGCGGACCAGCGAGGGGCAGCAAAGGAUCCAGGCUGCUGAGUUUGGCUUUGAGGACAAGGGGCUCAAGGUGGUUGCAUCCGCUAGCCACCUGAACAAGGAGACUGAGGAGCUCAUCCAGCUGUUCAAUAACCCAGAGUUUAUACAAGUGGGGAGCUCGCUGAAGUUGCUUAUGGUUGCCGAGGGGCAGGCGCAUAUCUACCCAAGGCUGGCCCCCACUUGCGAAUGGGAUACGGCGGCGGCGGACAUUAUUGUGCGUGAGGCGGGCGGUGUGGUGCUACAGGCGGGCAAGCAGGACAACAAGGGCAACCCGCUGCAGGACUGGAAGGAGGAGCUCAUGAAGGAAGUUCCUGUCGUCUACAACAAGGAAGAUGUGCUGAACCCCUACUUCGUCGUCUUCGGCAAGCGGCGCGGCGGCGCCACCUCGAGCUGAGCUGCAAUUUGACUUCUACCGUACGUGGCGUCUGGUGUCGCGUGCUGGAAGUUGCUGUCUUUGCAUAAUUUACAGGUGGCGUUAUGAAUUGGGCUCGUUAUCAGGCGUAAGCGCCGUAGCGGCACCUGCAUCGCGAUGCGCUCUGGCCCUCGCUGAAAAUUAUCUUCUUGGGUCUUUCCCCGUAGGUAUGGGCGAAGCAAGGGUCCCUUGUUGUGUAGUUUCGAAUCCUUUUUUGUAUGGACUAUGAAGAUUGCGGGGUUGCGGCCGGAGCUAUGGGCAGUGAACUCGAUUCUUGGUUGCCGAGAAGGCCUAGGAAGUAGCGAGCCUCGUCCGCAGCGGCUUGCCUGAAACAAGGGAUGCACAGAGUUGAUGUCAGCUGCAGCAAUCAGCUGUGACGAGGAAUGUAAGGCUUGCAGACCUGCUUUCCUGGAUGGCAAUAUCUCUAAUAGCGUAGGUGAAGCUUGAGCGGUGAUGAUUAUUUGCGCGUAGAAGUUACAGGCACGGUGACUUUGCAUCUUGGACGACGGAGGCGUCAGUUUUGAAAUUGUGAUUAGGCGCCUGUUGGCGAAACCAACCGUCCGUAAUGUAAUGAGGUGGGCCAGAUAUGUUGGCUAAGAGCCACUUCACAAUGACACUUCGUUGCAGUGACUUCGUUGAGGCUUAAGAAACAAGAGGGGGACCUGAAAUAGGGAUUUCCCCUGACCUGAACCCAUAUCUGCCGUUUGUGUUCGUGAAGUUUGGAAGCUUCACGUGAAGCAUGCUGACCCACCUGUAAAGCACGUGUAAAGCACGUGAAGCAUGCUGACCCACCUGUAAACGAAAGACGCCUUG